CGUUGCUAAUAUAAAAUGUUAUUCGAGAAUUUUAAGAGCUCAUUUAUCACUUAAUUUCUAACGAAAUUUUCGUUUGUUUUUUCACAAACACCGAUCAAUCUAAAAUAUGGCCGACGAGGUGAAGAAGCAAACUGAAGCUGAAACCACGGCGGCUCCACCUCCGGCAGUGGAGACUCCAAAAGCUGAAUCCGAAGAAAAAACCGUGUCUCCACCGUCAACGGAGGAGAAACCUGAGGAAUCGAAAGCUCUUGCGGUAGUUGAGAAACCUGAAGAAUCGAAAGCUCUGGCAGUAGUUGAGAAGGCUCCAGAGCCUGCACCAAAGAAAAUUUCAGGAGGAUCACAUGAUAGAGAUGUUGCCCUUGCAGAGGUUGAAAAGGCAAAAAGGUUGUCAUUCAUCAAGGCAUGGGAAGAUAGCGAAAAGGCCAAAGCAGAGAAUAAGGCCCAGAAAAAACUCUCAGCUAUUGUAGCAUGGGAGAACAGCAAGAAAGCAGCUCUGGAAGCUGAACUGAAAAAAGUUGAGGAACAACUGGAAAAGAAGAAAGCAGAGUAUGCAGAGAAAAUGAAGAACAAGGUGGCUUUAAUUCACAAGGAAGCAGAAGAAAAGAGGGCAUUGGUUGAAGCCAAACGCGGAGAAGAAGUUCUCAAGGCGGAGGAAAUGGCGGCGAAAUACCGUGCCACCGGACAAACUCCGAAAAAGCUCCUCGGGUGCUUCUGAAGUGUGCCGAGGCAAAUGUGUGCUUUAGCUGGUAUUUGGUUUGCCCACUUCUCUUGUUUGUAAUUGUAAUUAUAAUUGUGCCUCCCCGUUUUCAUCUGUAUAGUUGUUGUCAGUUUCUAUGUUUAAACAGUGUGUAAACGUUACAAAGAUUUAAUCUGCCGUUUUCC